AUCGUCUGGAUUGAAUCUCCACCGUUAAGAUUAGGGCUUCGUAUUGUCUCAACUUAUAAAACCCUACAUCUGCCUAAUCGCUCCUUCCUCUGUCUCCUGAAGCUAAGGAUUUUCAUACUCUGGACGCGGACCUCCAUCGCCUCGUUUAGCUUUACGGUCAGUGAAAAUGUACUCAACAAAGAAGAAGAUCCACAAGGAUAAGGAUGCCGAGCCUACUGAGUUUGAGGAGACAGUUGCACAGAACCUGUUUGAUUUGGAAAAUACCAACCAGGAACUGAAAAGUGAUUUGAAAGAUCUCUACAUUAACGCAGCUAUCCAAGUAGAUAUCUCUGGAAACCGCAAGGCUGUUGUCAUCUAUGUUCCUUACAGAUUGAGGAAGGCUUUCCGCAAGAUUCAUUUGCGUCUUGUUAGGGAGUUGGAGAAAAAGUUCAGUGGAAAGGAUGUUGUCAUUGUUGCAACCCGAAGGAUUGUGAGGCCACCAAAGAAAGGCUCUGCUGCCCAGCGUCCUCGCACCCGCACACUUACAGCUGUUCACGAUGCCAUUCUGGAGGAUGUUGUUCAUCCUGCCGAGAUUGUAGGCAAGCGGAUCAGAUACCGAGUUGAUGGCUCCAAGAUAAUUAAGGUUUACCUGGAUCCAAAGGAGCGCAACAAUACCGAGUACAAGCUGGAGACAUUAUCAGGUGUUUACAGGAAGCUUACUGGGAAGGAUGUUGUGUUCGAAUAUCCAAUUACAGAGGCUUAAGUAGCUAAGCUUGUCAUUACUGGAAAGAUGGGUUCUGAUGCUGUUACUUCAUUUAGAGGUUUUUAUUUUCAUUUUCAUUUUCAUUUUCCAAAUAGGCACUCUUGAAAAUUUUGACUUGCGAGAUUUCACUGUGAUUCAGACAAUCAAGAGAAGUUUUUCUCUUUUCUUCUUCUUCUUCAUGUGCUUAUAAAUCUUGUUAGUUUGUUAUAAAGAUAAUUAUUUAUUCAUCA